AUUCACUAUAUCUGGUCUCCCACAGUACACACUACAUGGAAAUGCAAUUAUUUUUGCAAAAUACAAACUGCUAAAUAUCUUUUCUCAUCAGCAGUUAGAGCAGUCUUAGCACUAGUUAAAGCUUGUAGGAGGAGUUUUCAUUUCUCUCUAGGAGGAUGCAGAAUCUCUGACCUCUGUCUGGAGAGUGCUGAUUGGCCCUGUGAUGAUCACAUGCACUCAUCCAUAAAAAUAACCUCUCUAACAAUAUGCACCAAACUGAGCAUGUGCAGAAUGUCUCCAAAGGAGAUAAGGGGGGGGGGGGCAGUGGAAGAAGGGGAGGAUCAGAGUCAGGAUCAAAUGGCCUUUUUACACAAUGCAGAGGAUUAACCCCUUUAUGUUCCACAGUAAGUAUAACAAGCAUGCUUUGCUGCAUAUACAGACUGAUUUUACUGUUGUGUGGGUUUAG